AUGUUUUCACGUUUCGCGCUGCCCUGUUGGCUGGCAGUCUUGUCGUUCGCGACCUCAGUCGCGUCGAGUGUAACACCAGAGACCAAGAAUUUGUUUGUGGAUGCUGAUCUUUUUGAAGCUAUUGACGAUACUGCAGCCCUGCUCCUCGCGUGCACUUUGCCGAACACAAACCUCCUCGCUGUGAACAUCAACGUCAAUUCGACAUACUCUGCCUACGCAGCGUCAGCCAUCGUGAACCACUACGGCUAUUCUUCCGUCCCGAUUGGGUUGCCUAGACCCUACACGAACAUCACAUCGCCUGAACCAUUCGGAGGAGAAUAUGCAAGCAAGGUCGCUGCUGGAUGGUCCGGCGGCUCGGUGCCUAAUGGGCAGGUUAACAAGACUUUGGAUCCAGUAGAGCUCUAUCGGAAGACGCUCGCGGAAGCGAAGAACAACAGUGUGACUGUUGUCUCGAUUGGUUUCAUGGGAUCGUUGUCUGGCCUUCUCAAUACGACCAGCGAUAAAUACUCCGCGUUGGAUGGAUACGCGCUUGUUAAGGCAAAGGUGAAGGAACUAGUGGUCAUGGGCGGCGGUUACUCGCAAGAGCCAGCCAUCGAUGCGGAGUACAAUUUCGCGAUUCAGAACGCUCCACACGUCAUCAACACAUGGCCCGAUUGUGUUCCGAUGACCUUCCUUGGCGCAGAGGUGGGCGUCGAGGUCCUGUCGGGCGCACGGUUUACUGUGUGUGGACCCCCGAAUGACCCAGUUAAAUCGGCUUGGGAGUACUGGGGGUCUUACAACACCUCCGAAUACUCAUGGGACUUUUUAACCAUGGUCUAUGCGGGCAGGGGCCUGGGCAGUUGGUUCGAGUACGGAAACGAAAAUGGGUACAACUUUCUGUUCCCAAAUGGCACUAACGUCUGGGUGGAGGACGAACGCAGGACCAGCCAGCACUACUUGAAGCUCAAGGCCUCGAACGAGACGGUUUCCAAGGAAAUGGAUAAUCUGCUGCUGCGUGGCGCGUGGACCCACGCCCAGGUGGACUGA